CUCAGACAGCUACAGCCGGCUCGUUGGGGUCCUUUUUCCGCUACACUGAGGAGGAUUAGCAGGCAACAUGCCGACUGUCGGAGUGAAAAGAGAUCUUCUCUUCAAAGCUUUGGGCAGAACAUACACCGAUGAGGAGUUUGACGAGCUGUGCUUUGAAUUUGGGCUGGAGCUGGAUGAAAUUACCUCAGAGAAGGAGAUAAUCAGCAAAGAGCAGGGCGACUCCAAGGCAUCGGGGGCGUCUGACGUCGUCCUGUAUAAGAUCGAUGUACCGGCGAACCGCUACGACCUGCUGUGUCUGGAGGGGCUGGUCCGUGGACUGCAGGUCUUCAAGAACAAGUUGGAGGCACCUCGCUACAGACGUGUUAGCCCAGUCAGCGGGGAGCCUCAGAAGCUGAUCAUUACCAAGGAGACGGCGGCAGUGCGACCGCAUGCCGUGGCAGCGGUGUUGAGGAACAUCACCUUCACACAGGAGCGCUACGACAGCUUCAUCGAGCUGCAGGACAAACUCCACCAAACCGUCUGCAGGAAGAGGAGCCUUGUGGCCAUCGGGACUCAUGACCUGGACACCAUCUCCGGUCCUUUCAUGUACACGGCCAAACCUCCUGGAGACAUCAGCUUCAAACCCCUGAACCAGACCAAAGAGUACACCGCCAUCCAGCUCAUGAGCCUCUACAAGACGGACAGCCAGCUGAAGCACUUCCUUCACAUUAUCGAGGACAAGCCCGUGUACCCCGUCAUCUACGACAGCAAUGGUAUCGUCCUGUCCAUGCCUCCCAUCAUCAAUGGUGACCAUUCAAAAAUCUCCCUGAAGACGAAGAACGUCUUUAUUGAGUGCACGGCCACAGACCUGACGAAGGCAAAGAUCGUGUUAGACAUGAUGGUGACCAUGUUCAGCGAGUAUUGCUCACAGCCUUUCACGGUCGAGGAGGCUGAGGUGGUCUACCCAGACGGCAAGACCUGCAAAUAUCCAGAGCUCGCUUACAGGAAGGAGAAGUUGUCCAGCGAGUUCGUCAACAAAAAAGUUGGCAUCAACGAGUCGACUGAGAAAAUCGCCCAGCUGCUGACCAAGAUGUGCCUGCGCUCCGAGGUGACGGGUGUCGGCGACGAGAUCGAAGUGGAGAUCCCGCCCACGCGCUCUGACGUCAUCCACGCCUGUGACAUCAUGGAGGACGCCGCCAUGGCCUUCGGCUUCAACAACAUCCCGUACACCACGCCGCGCACCUACACCAUCGCCACCCAGGUACCUGGCUGUUUUAUUCUGCGCGCGUGUGUGUGUGUGUCACCCCAUAAUCAGUCAGUGAACAUGUCUCCUCUCUUCCUGCAGUGUUCUAAAGAAGAUAUAGCGGACAAGCUUGGAAAGAAGAUCUCAGAGACCAGAGCGAUUCACAUCGCCAACCCCAAGACAGCCGAGUUCCAGGUGGCGCGCACCACCCUGCUGCCAGGCCUGCUGAAGACCAUCGCUGCCAACAGGAAGAUGCCUCUUCCCCUCAAACUGUUCGAGAUAUCUGACGUGGUGCUGAAGGACGACACCAAAGAUGUCGGGGCGAGGAACAGCCGGCGUUUCUGUGCCGUUUACUACAACAAGAGCCCGGGCUUCGAGGUGAUCCACGGCCUGCUGGACCGGACCAUGCAGCUGCUGGAUGUGAAGUCGGCCCGUGGGGACGGAUACCACAUCCAGGCUGCGGACGAUUCCACCUUCUUCCCCGGUCGCUGUGCGGAGAUCUUCGCCCGUGGGAAGAGCGUCGGGCGUCUCGGGGUCCUGCACCCCGAUGUCAUCGACCGCUUCGAGCUGACCAUGCCCUGCUCUGCCCUGGAGAUCGACAUCGAGCCCUUCCUUGGCCACAGUGCCGAAACCCUCCUCACACACGAUGUCCCCGUGCAGGAAGUCUUCAAGCACAAGUUCCCCGAACCGUCGCGGGCGCCGUCGUCCUCCCGUCCGACUUCCACACAAACCGUGUUCGGUGACGUGAGCGCGGCCGCCGGCCUUAAAGCGCUCGAUGACUUUCUGGCUGACAAAAGCUACAUGGAGGGCUUCGCGGCGUCCCAGGCUGACGCUGCGAUGUUCGACGCCAUCCCCUCCGCUCCCGCCUCCGCCUUCCGCCACCUCGCGCGCUGGUAUAACCACAUCAAGUCCUUCCAGAGGGAGCGAGACGGCCUCCCAUCGGCUAAGACUCGGUUCGUCCUCCCGGCUACGGCGAACGUCGGCAGCGACGACGACUUGGACCUGUUUGGCUCGGACGACGAGGCCGAGAGCGCCGAGGCGGAUCGAAUCAAGGAACAGCGCCUCGCCGAGUACGCCGCCAAGAAGUCCAAGAAGCCGGCGCUCGUCGCCAAGUCCUCCAUCCUGCUGGACGUCAAGCCCUGGGACGACGAGACGGACAUGGCCGAGAUGGAGGCAUGCGUCCGCGGCGUCGCCAUGGACGGGCUGCUGUGGGGGCAGUCCAAGCUGGUCCCGGUGGGCUACGGCAUCAGGAAGCUCCAGAUCGGGUGCGUGGUGGAGGACGACAAAGUGGGCACGGACCUGCUGGAGGAAGCCAUCACCGCCUUCGAGGAAUACGUUCAGUCCGUGGACGUGGCCGCCUUCAAUAAGAUCUAGAAUCUUUCCCACAAUAGCUUCACUGAAUGGUAGCAGCUGGUUUUUUGGCUAAAGACAAGUGAUUUAAUAUGAAACACUGUCAAGGAAGCUCAGGGCCCUCAUCUGUUUACGCUUCCAUACAAAACAGUCCUCAAAACAUCCAAUAAAGCCGUUCUAACUUUUGA